AUGAAGGUGAUGUACGCGCCGGGCGGAUGGGAAUUUCCUCUUCGGCUGAGGUCACCUGACACCAACCGUAACGUUAUGCCCCGAACACCUGGCGGCUUUAAUGACGUGCUCGCGCUGUUUCCGAGACCUUCACUGCAACGACUGAUCAUGGCAGGUCGGUUCCACAAGGCUGCUCAGGACGGCCUUUUGGAAAUUUUAAAAGAAGCCACAAAAAAAGACACAAACACCAAGGAUGAGGACGGUAUGACUCCAACGCUUUGGGCAGCGCACAGUGGCCAUCUUGAAGCACUCAGGCUUCUUGUUGGGAGAGGGUAA